UAACUGUAAUCCCUUUGUACAUCACCUUGAUUAAAAAAAUAGGCACAUCUAGUAAGACUAUUUAAUUCUACAGGAGGAAUGUUAUUUUAAAAACCCUCAGAAAAAUACUAAUCAAGACAAAAUGAUAGAGUAACUUUAUGAAAGGAGAUGGCAUUAAGGUAGAACUUAGCUGGCAUUGUAUGACAUUAAUUUAAGUUGUAUCAGGCCAGAACAAUUCCACUGUGGCUUUAGUCUAGGAAGCUGUAAUCUAGUUCUCAAGUGAAUAAACCAUAAGACCAAAGGGCAAAUAGUUUAACAAAAAGGAAUAAGAUUAUUAUCUUGUAAACUAGAGGAGUGAUGAUAUUGUGGCUUAAUUAGAUAGCUUGAUUACAUGUUAAAGUUCAAUGAAAGUCUUAGAGGAGUUGCCUAGUUGUUUGCAAGAUUCUGGAGCAGUUUAAAUUAAGAUAAAAAGGAAAAAGUACCAAAUGGCCAAUAGCAUACGUGGACUAAACCAAAAUGCUAUAAUGCCUCACAAAUGGCUGCUAGGAGAAAGCACUAGGAAGAAUGAUUUAAUACAAUGAUUAUAAAGACUAAUAGAAUGAACAAGGAGUCUUUCACAUUGACAGAUAUUAGACACUCAUAUGAUCAGAGAAUAAAAUGUUGGGGCUUAUCUGAGUACAGAGCUAGAGGGCACUAGUAAAUAGAAAUUCCUGCCUUUGACAUUGAUUUAAUUAUUGGUUUUUGAAUAUUUUCACAUAUCUUUGACUUUGACUAUCACAAGGCAGAUCAUAAUUGAUUUCUAUCUUUUUUGCCUGAACUUUUUUACUAAACUCUUUUACCUUGAUACCCUUCAUUAUUUUUUUCUCAAAUUCCAUAGAUAAGUCGAUGUUCCUUUUUCUUUUUUUUUUAACUACUAAGAUUUGGCUUUGUUUCUAUUGUGCUGUCAAAAUAAUACUGAUAAGCUCUAAGAGUCACCUUAAUUUGUCUUCUGAAUGCUUAGUUUCUGGAUAGUCAUUAGUAUUUAUGUCAUUAGCCAAGAUCUUGGGUUCAUAGCAUAUGGCCUAAACUCUUUCAAGUUCCACUUGUAACUUUGUGCUUUUUUCCCUUUGAGGAUCCCAGCUUCCAGAACAAGAAUAGUCAUGGCAUAGUCUAGACACUUACUGGUUCUGAUUUAGGAUUUCAGCCGAGAAAAUGUCUUUUAGAUUUGGUCAGCAUCUCAUCAAACCAUCCAUGGUGUUUCUUAAGACAGAACUCUCCUUCGCGCUGGUGAAUAGGAAACCUGUGGUUCCUGGACAUGUCCUUGUGUGCCCGCUGCGGCCAGUGGAGCGCUUUGGAGAUCUGCAACCUGAUGAAGUGGCUGACUUGUUUCAGGCGACACAGAGAGUUGGGACGGUGGUGGAGAAGCAUUUCCAGGGGACCUCACUCACCUUCUCCAUGCAGGAUGGUCCUGAAGCUGGACAGACUGUGAAGCACGUUCAUGUCCAUGUUCUUCCCAGGAGGGCUGGAGACUUCCGCAGGAAUGACAGCAUCUAUGAUGAGCUCCAGAAACAUGACAAAGAGGACGAGGAUUCCCCAGCCUCUUGGAGAUCAGAGGAAGAGAUGGCGGCAGAAGCUGCAGCCCUGCGGGUGUACUUCUAGUGAGGCAGGCAUAAAAAUCACUGAAACAAAUCCCAAGGCAUAAGGAAAUGGGCCUAGUGCUCUAGUACUCGAUGGCAUUGGAAAUGAAGCUAAGCAUACUUCAUGACAUCCUGCAGUUCUUCAACCUUUGUUGAAGAAUUUGUAUUGCACUCAAGGAAGGCAGGAGAGAGAUGUUCCACUGCAAUUACCGACAAUCUAGCUUCAAACCCACAGCAUCAGCAACCCUGGCACACUUUUCUUGUUGCACACUUACAACAGAGUCUUUUCUAAACCCUUCCUCAGCUGGGAUGAAAAUAAAAAUGAAAGUAAAAAUAUUUGUCUUGUGUAUUGGGUGACUUACAAAUUUCUACUUUGGGGUCUUGGGAAGGCAUCAUCAAUAAAUUCACUCUUGGUGAUACCUGUG